UUUCGCCGCAUUUUUACCCGCUUGGUUGGUUGUUGGUUGUGUGAGACUAGGCAAGAGAUUCGAGCUUUUCUUGGCAUGUAAAAUACCUUCUAGGAAGUACCCGUGUUUUAAGCGAAGGCAAUUUACAAAUUUUGCCAGACCCGACUGUUUGCCAGUGCUUCCGUCCAUCGGGCAGCGUAUUGAAGUGAAGGUAUUCCUGUGAUCCGGCCAUAAAUUUCCCUAAGAAGGUUUACGGUUUUGUUCCAAACAAUAAUCAACAAUGACUGGUACAGAGAAGAACGCAGUCAAAGCUGUGGAAUCUAACUCCGAUGGUGAAGAUCAGAUGCCAGACUUCUUAGAUGACCCGGCUUACAUGUGUUCGGCAUCGCGCCGAAUGAUGAUGAAGGAAGUAAUUAAAACGCUGCCAGGGAAUGUUCAACACAAAAUUAACGCCCUGAAGCAUCUGCAGAAGAAAUAUCUCAGCCUAGAGGCGAAAUUUUUUGAGGAAGUUUACGCUUUGGAGUGUAAAUAUCAGGCUCUAUACCAACCGCUAGUUGACCGCCGAAAGGCCGUCAUCGCCGGGGAAACUGAAUUAGAAGCCGGUGAAGCGGAUUGGGAAGAUGAGAGUGAUGAUGAAAAGGAGAUAGAUGCCGAAGUGACCGAACGGUUCAAGCGUAUGGCGCUGAACUACAAAAAUCAGCACUCGAAGGUCAUUAAGGAAUCGCAAGGCAUCCCAGCUUUCUGGUUGACUGUUUUCAAAAACACGCAAACUAUGGCCGAUAUGAUUCAACCGCAUGACGAACCCCUUCUGGAACAUCUAACCAACGUGAACAUUGUGUAUAAAACAGACCCAAUGAGCUACGUGCUCGAGUUCCACUUUUCACCAAACGCUUACUUCAAGGACGCGAUUUUAACCAAGACAUAUUUUAUGCGCUGUCAGGUAGAUGAGGAAGAACCAUUCAGUUUUGAAGGUCCGGAAAUCUACAAGUGCACUGGUUGUACGAUCCAGUGGAAUCCUAGCAAGAACGUGACGGUCAAGACAGUCAAGAAGCAACAGAAGCACAAACAGCGCGGAGUGAUUCGCACUCUUACCAAGACGCUGCCAAAUGAUUCUUUCUUCAAUUUCUUCAGCCCUCCGCAAGUGCAAGAUGAUGACAAGAAUGUCGAUGAUGAGACUCAAAUGCUUCUUGCCUCGGACUUCGAGAUUGGACAUUUCCUUCGGGCCCGUAUCAUUCCGAAGGCCAUCCUUUACUACACUGGUGAGGUGAUGGAUGAAGACGAUGAUGGUGAGGAAGAAGAGGAGGAGGAAGAAGAGGAGGACUUGGAAGAUAUGGAAGAAGAAGAGGGCGAAGAAGAGGAGGAAGAAGAGGAAGAACGGCCGGCACCGAAGAGUCGGAAAGGUGGACGCGGAGGUGGUGGCAAGAAACCCAAGGACGGGCAGAAUCCAGCCGAAUGCCAACAACAAUAGAAGCAUUACAUUCGCUAUGUAAUUGUUUUAUUUACACAUUAGCUUAUUUGAAAUAAUAUGUUCCAUUGUUCGCAAGUUUAAACUCACACGCAACCCACGAAUACCCAGAAACGUGCUUAAAUAUAGACCUGCAUGAUGAUUAUAUUCAACGAAAUCAAUACAUAUUGAGGAUUGCUCGAAUCAUUUAAUUGGAAAUA